UAUGUAACCUGUAAAAACUACAAACUGAACUUUUUACAGCUCUCACUCCAAAAUGAGGGCGUAGAGAGAGAACAGAUUUGACAUAAUUCGCCAUGACUUUUCCUUCUGUGAUCACGAACCAAUCUUUUUCUGAAACGGUACGAAUCGUCUAAGAUUGUACCACCAGCGCAUUCAUGUGGUGUUUCCUCACAAACAAUUUCAUCCAUCAAGUGUGUGGGUACUGGCAAAAAUAGUCCAUUCUGCCCCAUGUCCGUAAUCAUAUUUAUGUAGAAAUAGAAACAGUGGCUCUAGAAACUUGUUUCCAUCACCUUCCAUGUUAGAAAAAAGUAGGCCUGUUUAUUCGUAUAUAGACGUAAGCUAAAGUGUUCAGUUCUGGCAUUCGGGAUAGGCAGAAUUUAAUGACAUAAAAAAAAUUCUCAACACAACACGAAUAGAUCGUUUUGCUAGAUUUUUGUUGUGGUUUCAAAUGUUGUUGUCGUGGAAACAAAAAUCAUUUUAUUUUAAACUACGUAACGAAUAGCUUUCAAAAUUCUAUUAGGUCAAAAGGAAAUGUAUCUUAAGAAUAGUUUUGAUUUUCAUACUUUGAAAUCUUUUUCUGGGCUCAUCUUGAUUUAUUCUGUCUUCCGUUUUUGUGUUAUAAUAUUUCAUCAAAGGGGUUUUCUACUGAAUAAUUUUGUAUCAUGCGGUAUGGAGUAGUAAAAGGCUAUGCGCUAUAGAAUAACGUUAAUUUCGUGUUUACAGUGACCAACAUUGUAGCAGGAUUCAUUUUAUUGCCCACAGACAAAAUGAACUCCAAUGUAAACCUCACUUCUUUACCCGGUCCAUCAGAAGUCUCAGUAUGGAAUAUCACUAUAAUUGUUUCGCUCAUUGGCAGUGGAAUCUUACUAUUUUCCGCAGGAUUUCUUUUUUUAGUCUCUGUCCAGGAUGCUCUCGGAAACAGGCGACGACGAAACAUCGUUGCACCAAGAGUUAUGCUUCCCGUCUAUCCUGUAAUGAAUCCAGCUUUUCCACCUAAUCAAGAAAAUAUUGGAAUGAAUAAUUUACAUGAAGUGAUUGAACAAGCUGGUAAUCAUUCCAUUGCUGUUCAAAGAAGUUCUUCUUACAUCUCAACAAAAGGAUACCUUGCUCCAUUGUCCGAAAUAUCACUCGACAGUGUAGAAUCAUACGACGAUGGCGAAUAAGCUAUGUGGAUUAUACUCAUUAGACAUCAGCAGAAAUAAAAUAAAAAAUCCUGUGACAUUGGCAGUAGUUCAACAAUUUAUACUGUGCAUUACAAAGUUUGUUAUAUGAAAUGCAUAUUGUCAUUGGGGUGUUGUGGUACCAACGGAGUAUGUGAACCAAGAUGGCAGUUCGGGGACUAGUCAAGUGACUCCCGUAGUAUUUGUACCUGAAAUUAUACGUUCCGUGUCCGCCAUCUUGGUUCACAUACUUCGGGAGUACCGGUGUAAUUAUAUCUACAACUAACUGUGAUCAAACAAGCUUCCGUUAUAAACGGAUGUAUGAAAUUUUCCGCUAUAAUAAGUACCAAUUGGCCAAAUGAUAUUUCGGAAUGUCUAAGCAAAAAAUGUUUCAAGUUGAAAUCAUUAGUCAUCAAUUGCUUGAUCAAAAUUGAGAAAUUACUCAGGUUGACUGCGAUGCUUCGCUUACUCGAUACAUGUCAAAUAUUACCAGUUUUUAUUUAUGAUGAAAUGCGUAUUGUAAUAAUUGAGCUUUCAAUAAUUUUGUGACCCA